AUGUCAACGGCGACAGUCUCAUCCUCGGUGGUUAAUACCGUCAAUACCAUCAUUGGGUCGGGAAUUUUGCUGCUCCCGUAUGCUUUCCGAACUGACUCAGUUCUGUUCGGUCUUUUGAUUCUUGUCUUCGCAGCUGCAACGAAUAUUUUCGGACUGUUUUUGCAAGCAAUCUCUUCUAAAUUCCUUCGAGAAGGUAAUGCAAACUUCUUCACCGUCUGUUCAAUAACUUAUCCAAGUCUGAGUGUUGUGUUUGACCUGGCUAUCGCAUUACAAUGUUUCGGCGUGGACAUAUCUUACAUUGUUCUGACUGGUGAUUUAAUGCCACUCAUUCUUCCAAUUUCUGGCUUCACAGACUCUCAGAUGCGACUCUUUUACAUAGCUAUCUCGGCUGUCAUUACAGUUCCAUUGUGCUUUCUCAGGAGGCUUGAUAGCUUGAAAUAUGCCUCAAUUGUCUCUCUCUUGGCUAUCGCGUAUCUGGUCAUUUUAGUUUAUGUCAAUUUCGCUUACGGGCUGGCGACUGGGUUCCAGCAUAUUCCUUUGCAAAAACAGGGACCCAUCUCUUGGUGGACCCCCGAAGGUUUUAAGCCGGUCUUCAAAACCUUCGCAAUCAUUGUUCUUGCCUUCACAUGUCCUACUCAAUUUUCGAUCAUCUCCGAAUUACGUGACCCUCGAUUGACCCGUAUAUUCAAAAUUAUCACAAUCUCGCUGACCAUUACCACUGUCUUGUUUGCAACAGUUGGUCUCUCAGGCUAUUUUACAUUUGGAAAUGCCUUAGAAGGCAACAUCAUCUUAAUGUACAACGAUACGUGGCCUACCAAAUUGGGUAUGGGAUUGCUUUCACUGAUGGUGCUUCUCUCCUUCCCCUUGAUGUUUCAUCCCGCAAGAAUAUCGGUUAAUAACGUAUAUCAUUGGAUAGAGAGCCAAUUCAAGAGUUCGCAGGAAGCGCAGCCCUUGCUAUCUAGUGAAGCUAGAGUGAUCCCUAUGUCCGGCUCGAGAUUUGUGAAAGUCAGCGUGGCCAUGCUGAUUGUCGCUUAUAUUGCAGCUAUUAAGCUCGAGUCUUUUGAGCUGGUUUUGUCUUUGGUAGGCUCUACUGGAGGAGUUUUGAUUUCAUUUGUGCUCCCUGGAUUUUAUGGAUAUAAACUGAUUCACAAUCCAAAAAUGCUAGAUGUACUAGUUACGCACUCUCCACUAGAUAGUGAUCACUGGGUCUUCCGAAAUGAAGCUCUUCGAAAGCUCUCGCUGAUUCUAGUCAUCUGGGGAAUCGCAGUAAUGUUCAUUUGCUUAUAUUCUACGUUGUUUCAAUAA